AUGGCGAAAGAAGGCCAGCGGUCAGCCGCUUCUGAGAAGGGCAAGGGCAAAGUGGACGAUAUCCGGGAUUUGAACGGACAGAAAAAAGAUGCAAAAGACGAAAAGAUCUCCAAGAAUGGGACGAAGGCUGACAAGGACGAUGAAGUCGAAGAAGAAGAGCUUAGUGAGGAGGACCAGUCUCUUAAGAAUGAACUUGAGAUGCUCGUGGAGCGACUAAAGGAACCGGACACAUCCCUUUAUCGCCCUGCGUUGGAUGCUAUCAAGAAUUUCAUAAAAACAUCGACUUCGUCAAUGACAGCUGUUCCGAAGCCUCUGAAGUUCCUUCGGCCACACUAUGAUGAACUCACAGAGCUGUACGAGAAGUGGGCUGCGGGUGCCGAUAAGGACUCCCUCGCAGACACCCUUUCGGUUUUGGGAAUGACAUACGGUGUGGAGGACAAGUUUGAAACGCUCAAAUACCGCCUCUUGGCCAAAUCCUCCGAAGAGGACCUUGGCUCCUGGGGCCACGAAUAUGUGCGACAUCUUGCGUUGGAAAUCGGACAAGAAUACCAGAACCGACUCGGGGAGGAUAAAGGCUACGGAGAUCUUGUGGACCUGGCCUUAUCCCUCGUCCCUUACUUUCUCACGCACAACGCCGAAGCUGAUGCUGUCGAUUUACUCAGCGAGCUGGAAAUGAUCGAGGAAGUUUCGAAAUUCGUCGACGAAGACACAUACCAGAGAGUGUGCUUGUACAUGGUUAGCAUGGUCAACCUACUUACCUAUCCCGAAGACCACGAGUUUCUCCGUACUGCGCACAAUAUCUACGUGCGAUACAAAAAACUCACCCAGGCCAUCGUCAUCGCUAUUCGCCUCAACGACGUCGACCUCAUCAAGAGCGACUUCGCUGCUACAGACGACAAAGCAGUCAAAAAACAGAUGGCUUUCCUGGUUGCCCGACAGCAGAUCUGGCUGGAAUUGCCCGAAGAAGAAGACGACGAAGAAUUGGCCGAUUGUCUGAAUAACACCCAGAUUUCUACUCAUUUCAAGGCUCUUGCUAAGGAAUUGAACAUUCUUGACCCCAAGAUGCCAGAGGACAUCUACAAAACACACCUGGAAAGCAGCCGAGGCGCUGGCCUGACCAAUGUGGAUUCCGCACGACACAACUUGGCUAGUGCAUUCGUCAAUUCUUUUGCGAACGCUGGGUACGGAAGUGAUAAGAUGAUGCUGGUGGAUGGCGACAAAGGAUCAUGGGUUUGGAAGACCAAGGAUGACGGUAUGCUGUCCACCACAGCCUCGUUGGGUAUGCUAUUGCACCGAGACGUCGAAGGCGGUUUGGAUAAAAUCGACAAAUUCACCUACGCCCAGGAGGAUCAGAUCAAGGCAGGUGCUCUGCUUGCUAUUGGUAUUCUCAACUCUGGGGUAAGACUUGACUCGGACCCCGCCAUGGCUCUUCUUAGCGACCUGGACAACAUUGAAAACAAAAGUAUACCAAUGAGAGUUGCCUCUAUCAUGGGUCUUGGUCUAUCCUACGCCGGUUCUAACAAAGAAGAGCUUUUGGAAAUUCUUCUACCUAUUGUGGAAGAUGUUUCUUUGGACAUGCAGCUGUCUGCCAUGGCUGCUGUUGCCUUGGGUCUGAUUUUUGUCGGCUCCUCUAAUCACCAGGUUUCGGAAGCAAUUGCCACGACACUCAUGGAUGAAGAACGACAAAAGCAACUCAAGGAUAAGUGGACGAGGUUUAUGGCCCUUGGAUUGGCUCUUCUCUACUUCGGACGACAAGAAGAAGUUGACGUUAUCUUGGACAUCCUGAAAGCUGUUGAUCAUCCUAUGGCUAAACCCACAGCUGUACUUGCCUCAGUCUGCGCAUGGGCUGGUACUGGUACCGUUCUCAAAAUUCAAGAACUUCUUCACAUCUGCAACGAGUACAUCGAAGACGAGGAGAAGAAGGGAGAUGAGCUGGUACAGUCAUAUGCCGUUCUCGGGUUGUCUCUGAUUGCGAUGGGCGAAGAUGUCGGUCAAGAUAUGAUUAUGCGACAGUUCGGACAUUUGAUGCAUUAUGGUGCAAGUAAUAUUCGCAAGGCCGUCCCUCUUGCCAUGGGACUUGUCAGCCCUAGCAACCCGCAAAUGAAAGUCUACGAUACAUUGUCGCGAUACAGCCACGACAACGACAACGAUGUUGCCAUCAACGCCAUCUUUGCCAUGGGUUUGACAGGUGCCGGUACCAACAAUGCUCGUUUAGCACAGCUGUUGAGGCAGCUUGCAAGCUACUACCACCGUGAUCAGAACUCUCUCUUCAUGGUCCGCAUUGCCCAGGGUUUGCUGCACAUGGGCAAAGGCACUGUUUCAGUUAACCCAUUCCAUACCGAUCGCCAAGUUCUUUCGCGAGUGGCUGCUGCAGGAUUACUCACUGUUUUGACGGCAAUGAUUGACGCAAAGCAAUUCAUCCUCGCCGAGCACCACUAUCUUCUCUACUUCCUCAUUACCGCCAUGCACCCUCGCUUCCUUAUCACCCUUGAUGAGGAUCUGCAGCCUCUUACCGUCAACGUGCGUGUUGGUCAGGCGGUGGAUGUUGUUGGCCAAGCUGGCCGUCCCAAGACUAUCACAGGAUGGCAAACGCAGAGCACACCCGUGCUUCUCGCCUACGGAGAGAGAGCUGAGCUGGAAGAUGAACAAUAUAUUCCUCUUAGCAGCAUAUUGGAAGGACUGGUUAUCUUACGCAAGGCAAGUUAA